AUGUCCUCCUACCUGUUGGCUGUUAUCGUCUCUGAAUUCGAGUACAAUGAAGGUUUCACGAAAACAGGAGUACGGUUUCGAAUAUGGUCGCGUCCAGAGGCAAAAAAUAUGACACAGUAUGCUCUAGAUGCUGGCAUCAGAUGCUUAGAAUUCUAUGAGAACUAUUUCGACAUCAAAUUUCCACUCAAAAAGCAAGAUAUGGUUGCUCUCCCUGAUUUCUCGGCAGGUGCUAUGGAAAACUGGGGACUCAUCACUUACAGAGAAAACUCCCUGUUGUAUGAUGAUCGAUACUAUGCACCGAUGAAUAAACAAAGGGUAGCUCUUGUGGUUGCCCAUGAACUUGCUCAUCAGGUAUUCUUAGAUUUUGAGUUUUAG